AUGCCGCGGGCCGGGACAACGCAGUGGGGCAAAGCUUGGCACGUGGAUGCCACAGCGGGCAGCUGUGCCAGACCCUGCCGCAGCGAGGACCGGUGGCCCUGGCGUGGUGACAGCCGCCUCUAUGUUCCCGGUGACCUCCCUGAGCGCUCCCCGGCGCGCGGGGGCCGGGGGGCGGGCGGGGGCCCCCCCCCCCUGCCGCUGGCAUCGACGUCGCAGGGGGUGCAGGUGAGACGCUUCAAGACGCUGAGCGAGCUGAUCGCCCUGUACCUGCAGCCCAACCAGGGGCUGGUCUGCACCCUCCUCUUCCCCGUCGAGAGGGAGAAGGAGAAGGAGGCCGCGGAGGACAGGGACUACUCGGAUGGGGAGGAUGAAAAGCCGCCGUUACCGCCACGCUCCGGCUCCACCAGCUUCUCCGGCGCCUCGGCGGGGCUCAGCCCCACCGGCCUGGGGCCGGCCGUGCCGGAGGGGACGGCGGAGAGGUGAGGCACCAACGGCCUGAGCAGCAUCUCCCACGAGUACCUGAAGGGCAGCUACACGCUGGACCUGGAGGCGGUGAAGGGGGGGGCCAGCAGCCUCCCCCACCUCAACAAGACCCUUGUCACCUCCUGCAAACGGCUGCACAGCGAGGUGGACAAGGUGCUGGCGGGGCUGGAGAUCCUCUCCAAGGUGUUUGACCAGCAGAGCUCCCCCAUGGUCUCCAAGAUCCUGCAGCAGACGGCGGGGCAGAGCGGGGAGCAGGAGCUGGAGAGCCUGGUGCUGAAGCUGUCCGUGCUGAAGGAUUUCCUCUCCAGCAUCGAGAAGAAGGUGAGGCUGGGGGUCCCGGCACAAAGCUCUCGGCGUCCCCGGGGGCGGUGGCGGGGCUGGGUGCCGGGGGCGGCCCCUCUCCCCGCCGCAGCACCCGGUGUCCCGCCGCAGGUGAAGCUGGACGUCACCCUGGGGGACCUGACCAAGAUCGGCAAGUCGCAGAAGUACACGCUGAGCGUGGACAUGGAGGGGGGGAAGCUGGUGGUGCUGAAGAAGCAGAAGGACUCCCAGGAGGACUGGAACACCUUCACCCACGACAAGAUCCGGCAGCUGAUCAAGUCCCAGCGGGUGCAGAACAAACUGGGCAUCGUUUUCGAGAAGGAAAAGGAUAAAACGCAACGGAAAGACUUCGUUUUCGUCAGCGCCCGGAAGCGAGAGGCUUUCUGCCAGCUCCUGCAGCUGAUGAAGAACAAGCAUUCCCACCAGGACGAGCCCGACAUGAUCUCCAUCUUCAUCGGCACCUGGAACAUGGGCAGCGUGCCCCCGCCCAAGAGCAUCACGUCGUGGUUCACCUCCAAGGGUUUGGGGAAGACGCUGGACGAGGUGACGGUCGCCAUCCCCCACGACAUCUACGUCUUUGGCACCCAGGAGAAUUCCCUGGGGGACAAGGAGUGGGUGGAUUUCCUCCGCGCCGUGCUGAAGGACUUCACGGAGGUCGAGUACCGCCCGGUGGCCAUGCAGUCCCUGUGGAACAUCAAGGUGGUGGUGCUGGUGAAGCCGGAGCACGAGAACCGCAUCAGCCACGUCAGCACCUCCAGCGUCAAGACGGGGAUCGCCAACACCCUGGGCAACAAGGGAGCCGUGGGCGUCUCCUUCAUGUUCAAUGGCACCUCCUUCGGCUUCGUCAACUGCCACCUCACCUCCGGCAACGAGAAGACGGCACGGAGGAACCAGAACUACCUGGACAUCCUGCGCCUGCUCUCGCUGGGGGACAAGCAGCUGAGCUCCUUCGACAUCUCCCUCCGCUUCACCCACCUCUUCUGGUUCGGGGACCUCAAUUAUCGCCUGGACGGCGCCCGCAUCCUCUGGAAGUCCUCCCCCGAGACUCACAUCAACUGCAACGCCUACGGGUGCACGGACGACAUCGUCACCAGCGACCACUCGCCCGUCUUUGGCUCCUUUGAGGUGGGGGUGACGUCCCAGUUCGUCUCCAAAAAAGGGCUCUCCAAGUCCUCCGAGCAGGCGUACAUCGAGUUCGAGAGCAUUGAGGCCAUUGUGAAGACGGCCAGCCGCACCAAGUUCUUCAUCGAGUUUUACUCCACCUGCCUGGAAGAGUUCAAGAAAAGCUUCGAGAACGACAGCCAGAGCAGCGACAACAUCAACUUCCUCAAGGUGCAGUGGUCGUCGCGGCAGCUGCCCACGCUGAAGCCCAUCCUCUCCGAGAUCGAGUACCUGCAGGACCAGCACCUCCUGCUCACCGUCAAAUCCCUCGACGGCUACGAGUCCUACGGGGAGUGCGUCAUUGCCCUGAAGUCCAUGAUCGGCAGCACGGCGCAGCAGUUCCUCACCUACCUGUCGCACCGGGGCGAGGAGACGGGCAACAUCCGCGGCUCCAUGAAGGUCCGGGUGCCCACCGAGCGCUUGGGCACCCGCGAGAGGCUCUACGAGUGGAUCAGCAUCGAUAAGGACGAGACGGCGGCCGGCAAAGGGAAGGUGCUGCUGGGUGCCAGAGCCAACCAGGACUAUGCCAAGUACGGGGACAGGGCUCGGGGGGAGGGGCUGGUGCGCAACGGCUGGGACGACCUGGAGUUCCUCAGUGACAUCACGGAGGAGGACCUGGAGGAGGCCGGCGUGCUGGACCCCGGCCACAAGCGCGUCCUCCUGGAGAGCCUCCAGCUCCGCAAAUAG